CUAGUGUUAGGAUAUACCGAGACCACCGCGCUCCGCAGCCUGCAGAAGUCGCGGCUCGUUCACGGGAGGCGGAUCUGCCGGCUCACUGGGCACCUUGGCAAGGCUGUGCACUGGGGACCGGAGAACAAGACAACAUGCCGGUAACAAGAAUGCGCAUGAGGCCCUGGCUGGAGUUGCAGAUUAAUUCCAAUCAAAUACCAGGAUUGGUGUGGAUCAACAAGGAUAAGAUGAUGUUCCAGAUCCCAUGGAAACAUGCAGCUAAACAUGGCUGGGAUAUAGAUAAAGAUGCCUGUCUUUUCCGAAGCUGGGCCAUUCAUACUGGGAGAUACAAGGUAGGCGAGAAAGAGCCGGACCCCAAAACUUGGAAGGCAAAUUUCCGCUGUGCCAUGAAUUCACUGCCUGAUAUUGAGGAAGUGAAGGACAAAAGUAUCAACAAAGGCUGCAGCGCAGUCCGAGUUUACAGGAUGCUGCCACCCUUAACAAAGCUUCAGAAAAAAGAAAGGAAGUCAAAGUCAUCUAGAGAGUCAAAAAACAGGAGUAAGAGAAAGUCAUAUGAAGACCAGAGGAUGGAUGAGGCAGUAGAAGCACUGAACAGCAGCAGUCUACCAGAUGACCACAGUGGUUAUACAGUUCACAGCUAUGCAGAACAGGAAGUGGAGAUUGAGAACGCCUCCAUCACCCUAGAUCUCUCACCGUGUGAUAUGAACACAAUGACAGAUUGGAGAAGUCCAAUGGAAAUAGCAAUGGCUGACAGCACAAAUGACCUUUACCAGCUUCAAGUGUCACCUUUGGCUUCAUCUUCUGAAGUAACAGAUGAUGAUGCAGAAGAAAUGAAAGAGCAACUUUACAAGCUGUUUGAACAAGACUGGCAUGCAACCAGUGUUGGUGGGAAAGGAUAUCUUACCAAUGAGCCCGGCACACAAAACAUCUGCAGCAACUUCAGCUACAAGGAGCAAGAUUCUGAAAUAGAUACAACCUCAGGGGAAAUAGAGUUCAGAUUUUGUACUGAUCUGAAAAGCGGUCUAGAAUUCUCUUGGCUGGACACAGUUCGAUCUACUGGUAUACAAGCCAUUCCAUGUAGCUUGUAAACCUCUCUUGCUCCCUCAGACUGUGAACUGCUUUACUUCUCCUGUUCCUCAGGAAAGUGAACAGAGUGGGAGGCAUUGUUUGUUACUGACUGUGUGAGAAGAAAGAACCUCUACUUUCCGUUUAGCUUCUGGGACUGAAGAGAUCGAGCUAGUGAAACCCCGUUAUUAAAAAACCUUAGCAGAACUGUGCGCAUUGAAGUUGGUUGACUAAGCCAUUGUCCUAUAAAACUUAAAAUUGCUUCCGAUGUGAAGCUGUUCCUACAUUAAUGUGAAAUGGGGUUCUGACCUUUUUGUUGGGAUACAAGUGAAAGGUGCUGUAGGUCAGUAGAAGCUGGGCCAGGAUCCCCAUUUCUCUCUCAUGAAUUUCAUAUUAUAACUUAAAAGCACUGCUUUUGGAGGAGAUCAUCUACAGUUUCAUUUACUCUCCUUUACCAAUCCAGUGCUUAGGGCACACUGGGCAAAUUUGCCUACUCAUGUUAGCUCUGGUUGAGACGUACCUGGUGAAGUACUGCUGAGCUUGAUGACAAUCAUUACAGAUUUUUGGAUUCAACAAAAAUUGCACUAAUUGACCCUCUUUCCUUUGAUUACUCCAGCAAACAUUUGACCGACAAAUCAAAUUCCUCACUUUUGUAAAUAUAUUUAGUCCGAGAAAAUGUGAAAAUCAGCUACAUGCUUUGCUUCAACAUAUUACAGUUAUUCAGAAGAUCUGCUCAUAGGACAUUCUAUUCUGUUGUCAUUAUGCAUGACGUAUACCAGUUUUUCAUUUAAUAAUUGUGAAAGAGCUGCCACACGUUGGGAUCCGUUCUUUUUUGCACUGAUGGGCAUAACACUUUAUUUAUGCAGUGCCUUUCUCGGCAGCCACCUUAAUGCUGUUCACUGCAAUAGAGUACAUAGACUACCAUGUACCGUAUAUUCCCAAUGAACUGUGUAGAGAAGAUCUUUAGAGAACAAAAAGAUAUAAGCCUAUGCCGAGCAGUACAAAGUACAAAAAGGAGGGAGGUCUUUUGUGAUUUAUGCUUAUCUGGAAAUACAUCAAAUCACUAAUUGUAACUGAGCAUUUUCCUGUACAUAGUUGUGUAUAUAAAAAGUGUUGUACAUUUGUUUUAAUAAAAAUGUUUUAUAUAUGAAA